CUUGAAACAGGAGCUCUCCUUCAAGCUCAGAAUAAGCCACCUUCAUCCGACCCGACGCUCACCAUCGCCAACACAUCAACCCCUGGAUCGCCGAGAUAACAAUUCGAAUACCGUCGCAAUGAGUCUAUACUAUGGAGUGGGCGGCAUUGGGUCGUUCUUGACCAUCGUUGGAGCUUACAUGCUCUUCACCGGAAGUGGCGAGUCCUUCGAUAUCGGCGGUUUUCUCGAAUCAGUUUCGCCUUAUACAUGGGCGACGCUAGGAAUCGCGCUUUGUAUCGGUCUCUCUGUUGUCGGCGCUGCAUGGGGCAUCUUCAUUACCGGCUCGUCGAUUCUCGGAGGUGGUGUUAAGGCCCCUCGCAUCCGAACCAAGAACUUGAUUUCCAUUAUCUUCUGUGAAGUUGUCGCCAUUUACGGCGUCAUCAUGGCUAUCGUCUUCUCGCAAAAAGUCGAGAACGUCUCUGGAGCCGAGCUCUACUCCGCCAACUCCUACUACACUGGAUAUGCCCUCUUCUGGUCUGGUAUUACCGUCGGCAUGUGCAACCUUGUCUGCGGUGUUGCCGUUGGAAUCAACGGUAGCGGUGCUGCUCUGGCCGAUGCUGCCGAUCCUUCACUCUUUGUCAAGAUUCUUGUCAUCGAGAUUUUCAGCUCAGUACUUGGCUUGUUCGGUCUGAUCAUUGGUCUUCUAGUCUCUAGCAAGGCCCCUGCCUUCGGCGAGAAGAAAUAAGUCCGUCCCCUAUCCAUUACCUUAGACAUCAUGAAGUCCAACGGGUUUACCGGCGACAUCACCUUGUGUGUUCAAAAGAGACGGAGCGCGUGCAUGCAUUGCGCCAAUAAUAUUUGGUCAGGCGUUUGGAAGGUUGGCUUGGGAGGACGUAUUUU